CUCGCCUCGGCCCUGCGCAGAGUCUCGCGCGCCCAUGGCCGGUUCGGAGCAGCAGCGGCCGCGGCGACAGGACGACGGGGCCUCGGCCGCGGCGGCGGCGCCCCUGCAGGACGCGGAGCUGGCCCUGGCCGGCAUCAACAUGCUGCUCAACAACGGCUUCAGGGAGUCGGACCAGCUUUUCAAACAAUACAGAAAUCACAGCCCGUUAAUGAGUUUUGGAGCCAGUUUUGUCAGUUUUUUGAAUGCCAUGAUGACAUUUGAGGAAGAAAAAAUGCAGUUGGCAUGUGAUGACUUAAAAACUACAGAGAAGCUGUGUGAAAGUGAAGAGGCUGGAGUAAUCGAAACAAUCAAGAACAAAAUUAAGAAGAAUGUUGAUGUCCGAAAGUCCACCCCCUCUAUGGUUGAUCGGCUUCAAAGGCAGAUAAUCAUAGCUGACUGUCAAGUUUACCUGGCUGUGCUCUCAUUUGUAAAACAAGAAUUGUCAGCAUAUAUAAAAGGUGGGUGGAUCCUCAGGAAAGCCUGGAAGAUCUACAACAAAUGCUAUCUGGACAUCAAUGCCCUCCAGGAGCUGUAUCAGAAGAAGCUAACUGAAGAGCCGUUGACUUCUGACGCUGCAAAUGAUAAUCACAUUGUGGCUGAAGGGGUGUCUGAGGAAUCUCUGAGCAGGCUGAAAGGUGCCGUGAGCUUUGGAUAUGGCCUUUUUCACCUUUGCAUAUCCAUGGUGCCCCCCAACCUUCUCAAAAUCAUCAACCUGCUGGGUUUUCCUGGAGACCGCCUACAGGGGCUUUCUUCACUGAUGUAUGCAAGCGAAAGUAAGGACAUGAAGGCCCCUUUAGCUACACUCGCUCUGCUCUGGUAUCAUACCGUAGUCCGCCCAUUUUUUGCCUUGGAUGGCAGUGAUAAUAAAGCAGGCCUGGAUGAAGCAAAGGAAAUUCUUCUCAAAAAAGAAGCUGCUUAUCCAAAUUCUUCCCUCUUUAUGUUUUUCAAGGGACGCAUACAACGAUUAGAGUGUCAAAUCAACAGUGCCUUGACUUCCUUCCAUACUGCUUUGGAACUUGCAGUAGAUCAGAGAGAAAUCCAGCAUGUGUGUCUAUACGAAAUCGGUUGGUGCAGCAUGAUAGAGCUGAACUUCAAAGAUGCCUUUGAUUCCUUUGAGAGGCUGAAAAAUGAGUCCCGGUGGUCCCAGUGCUAUUACGCCUACUUAACUGGGGUUUGCCAGGGAGCCACUGGUGAUGUGGAUGGGGCACAGAUUGUCUUUAAGGAAGUCCAGAAACUCUUCAAAAGGAAAAACAAUCAGAUUGAACAAUUCUCAGUGAAAAAGGCAGAGCGAUUCCGCAAGCAGGCCCCAACCCAAGUGCUCUGUGUGCUGGCGUCCAUCGAAGUGCUGUACUUGUGGAAAGCCCUCCCAAACUGUUCCUUCCCCAACCUACAGAAGAUGAGUCAAGAAAACUUGUGUGACCUCUUCCAGCACGUGCACUUGCUCCCCCAGGACAUUCACUGGCGGAUGAGGAAGGGGGAUUGUCUGAGAGGGCAGACUCUUGAACUGACUUGCCAUGAAGUGGAUGAUUCAUCUGUUGUUGGAUUAAAGUAUUUGCUUCUUGGCGCCAUACACAAAUGUCUAGGAAACUCAGAAGAUGCCAUUCAGUUCUUCCAGCGAGCUGCUAAAGAUGAGUUGUGUCGUCAGAAUAACUUAUACGUUCAGCCAUAUGCUUGCUAUGAACUUGGCUGUCUUCUAUUAGACAAACCAGAGACUGUAGCAAGAGGCAGAACUCUUCUUCUUCAAGCAAAGGAGGAUUUCUCUGGCUACGACUUUGAAAACAGAUUGCAUGUCCGCAUCCAUGCUGCUCUGGCCUCUCUGAGGGAAUUGGUCCCUCAGUGACAGACUUGGCUCCCUGCCCUGCCCUCCCCAUCAAGGUUCUGCACUUUAAAAUAAAAGCAGAGGACGCAGCUCUUACGAAGAUUGGCUUUUCUUCUGAAAACCAUCUGUGCCAAGGACACAUUGUCCCAGUUACGCUGACAUAUUAAAGAUCUCCUCUUUUAAACCUACAGCUAAAGAGUAAUGAUGAUGACGGUAAUAGCUAACCACCUGGGGAGAGGGUCAAGUGACCUUGUUCAAACAUUUUAGUUUUGUGAUUUAUUAUUUUUAAAAUAAAAUCAAAUUAAAUAUUCAA